AUGCUACAAGAUGAAGGAUAUUUGAAAUUGAAUGAAGCAGCGCGAGCAUGUCAGAGCAAUGUUUGUUUGAAUGGUGGAACGUGCGAGGUGAAUGAUGAGGAACGCUCGUUUCAAUGUUUGUGCUUGCCAUCGUUCACAGGUGUUCUUUGUGAAUCCGAACUUCCUUGCCACUUGCCGUGUCAGAAUGGCGGUCAGUGUGUUACCGAUGUUGAGGAAGGCCAACACUGCAAAUGCCCAGAAAAUUAUUCGGGUGAUUUGUGUGAAAUCGGCUCGAUCGAUUGCACUGUUCAAGGUUGUGCGCCUGGCGAAAGAUGCGUUCGAAUGGACGGUAGCUCUGCCGUAUGCGUAUCGAGCGUUUGUUUUCCUAAUCCUUGUCAAAACAAUGCCACUUGUGAAGAGAUCAGUGAUGGGUUCACGUGCGUUUGUCCAUCUGGUUUCGGAGGUCGUUUAUGUUCGAAUGACAUUGAUGAAUGUGUCGUAUCGCCCUGUUUAAACGGCGCUGAAUGUGUCAAUAACUAUGGAUCGUAUUCAUGUAUCUGUCCGAAAGGAUAUCGUGGAAAACUAUGUGCUGAGCGAUUCUUCUGUGAUUUGAAUCCGUGUUUAAAUGGAGGAACAUGUUUAGAGGACGGCAAUGGAUAUCAGUGUGUUUGCCCUGAAGCAUUCACCUCUCACAAUUGUCAGGGUGAAAAUUGUGAUGAGCAAAUAUCGAAAAUGUGUAGCGAAUCGAGUGAAUGUUUGAAUGGUGGAACAUGUCACCCCGCAAAUAAUACCUGUAUUUGUGCUGAUGGAUUCAAAGGUGUGAAUUGUGAGGAAAGCAUUGAGUGCUUAGUAGAGGGCAAGCAAUGUGUUCACGGCAAAUGCCGUUCUAUAAACGGAAGCAACGUUUGCGUGUGUGAGAUGAGCUAUCAGGGACUCCUGUGCGAUAAGGAAAUCUUGUUACCAGACCCAUGUGAACGUUAUAACUGCAACUCAGGUUACUGUGAAAAUAAGGAUGGUGUAGCUUUGUGCCAGUGCCCUGUGGGUACUACGGGUGAACACUGUGAAAGUCAUGAUGUCUGUGCCGACGAACCGUGCCUAAACGGAGGUCACUGUUCGGCUGUUGGAGCAGUUCGGUGUCUAAAGCGUGACGAUGUGCAUAUGUCAUGCAUCUGUGAUUCUGAAUGGGAUGGUGCUAGAUGUGAUCAGUCUUUUCAGGGAUGUAGUGAGCUUAAUUGUAAGCCAUAUGAAAUGUGUCGUGCAGCAAGGAAUAGAAUGGGUUCCAAAGCGAAAUGUGCAUGUGCACCGGGUUUGCGAGGCAUCAACUGCUCGUCCACUACAUCAGCUACUUUCCUGUCCACUUCAUUCUAUUUGCAUCAGUCCAAUAAUCUAAUGAUCGGCUCCCCUCUUGCACCGUACUCGUUGAAGUUCUCAUUCCGAACCUCAGUACGCGAUGCACAUAUUGUAGCGGCUGAGAAUAUCUUGAAUCAGAUGCAAUUCGCCAUUCGAGUGCGCAAUGCGCAGCUCUACGCCAAUUUCUCAGAAGAAUCUCUCUUUCCGGUUGUGCCAUUCCCAGUCAACGAUGAUCGUUGGUAUCGUGUCAUUGUCACGAAUAUCGAUAAGAGAAUCGCCAUGGAAGUUUAUGUGGAAGAUUUCAUGGUGAAGAGUGUCAUAGUAAACGAGAAAAAAGAUAUGGGAAUAUUNUGGACGCGUUUUGGUAAAGAUCGAGAUAUGAAUUUCCGCGGAUGUUUGCGUGACGUGGAAAUUAAUGACGAACAAAUAGAUCUCGUGAAUUCAAGGCGGUCAAUAGGAAUCAAGGAGGGUUGUCAACGACAUAAGCAGUGCAUACCAAAUCCUUGUGCUAAUGAAGGUGUGUGUAUCGAUGAGUGGGAUACGUUCACGUGCGAUUGCAAAAGACCUUUUCUAUUACCACAUUGCGUCUACAAGUUAACUGAAGUGACUUUUGGACAUAACAAUAUCAGUUCAAGAAUGGAGUACAUUAUCGGCAGUGAUGCCGACGAGAUCAAAUCAGUGACCGAUAUGAGCAUGCUCAUACGUACGAAUAAACCGAACGAUGUCAUUUUGUAUAUCGGUGAUAAAGAGCAAGCAUUGGAUAGCGCUGGCACGUUCAUCUCACUGGCUCUAGUGAAUGGCUCAUUGCAAGCAAAAUCAAAUCUUGGAACGAAACAUAUCUUCUCUGCGAAAUCCAUUCAGCCGAUUAAUGAUAAUGUCGUGCAUUUGGUUCGGUUGUUGAGAAAUGACAAUAACAUCAAUGUACUGGUGGAUGGUCAUGAAGCGAUGAAAUUCGAAGUGGAGAAUCGUUUUGAUCAUCCGUUGCUGGCCGAUUUAUUGGUUGUUGGAAGCAGGGAUGGUAUUCGAGGGGGUGCCUUUGAUACAGACGAUUUCUUUAAGGGCACUAUUCAGGAUCUUAGAAUUAAUAAUCGAUCGGUUGUAUUCACCACGAUGCCAGAUGGCGCCGAUAUUCAGUCAUUUGGAACUCGCAUUUCUCAAGAAAAUAUCAUCGAGGGUACUGUAACGGAUGAUGUGUGUGCGGAGGAGAAUCGUUGUGUGAAUGGUAAAUGUGUGAACACAUUCAAUGAUUUCGAGUGUAUUUGUGAUUUCUCAUGGAUGGGAAGAACCUGUAGUGAUAGGGAUCACUGUGCAUUGAAUCCAUGCCCCACCAACGUUCAAUGCACCAAUUUUGCAACUGGAUACAUAUGCCAUUUGCCAGCAACAUUUGUGAAUUCGUCAUCUGUUACCUAUUCAUUGGCCGAUGCAACCGAGCGAGCAUUAUUGCCAUCCUCUAAUUUGAGUUUAUCAAUUCGAACUCGGUCGAAGUUCGGACAGAUACUUUACUUGGAGAGUGAUCCUAACUCUAUCAUAAUAUCACUGGCCGAUGGCGUGCCAGUUGUUGAGAUGAGAUUUGGAAAUGAUUCGCAAAUGUUCAACAGUAAAUCUGUGGUUAACGAUGGACAGUGGCACACCAUAGCUAUGAGUAAUCAAAUGGCUUGGAUUGACAAUGUGCCGAAACAAUAUCUUAAAGCAACAUCUCAUUUCGAACUUCUGCUGCAAAAAUCAAAUGCAACAUUGGUAUUAGGGAGGAAAGAUCAGUACAGUGCAUCAUUUGACGGUUGUCUGAAAGACGUUCGGAUCGGUUCAUCCGCACCGUUAAGCUUUUUUGACGAAAGUAAAUCUGGAGAAUCGUUAAAUGGUUCUCUUCAUUUCGUGCUGAAGAAGCGAAUUAGUGUACGCGAUGAGUGCCGCUCAGAAGAGUUAUGCAGUGCGUUAAUAGAUCCUUGUAAGAAUACGGCGACCUGUGUAGACCUCUGGAAUUUGCGCAGGUGCGAGUGUCCGACUGGAUUCAGUGGUGAUUUAUGUGAGGUAAACUUCUGUCCCAUACUUUCAAUCAUUUGGAGUUUAUUUUUGAAGAAAGUUUUGUGA